AUGACAAAAGGAAAUACAGAUGUGAUAAGGAAGAUAUCUUCCCAUUUGAAAGCCAAUCCAAAGGCGAAAGUCAUUCUCUUAGUUGGGGCAGGCAUUUCAACAUCAUGUGGUAUCCCCGAUUUCAGAUCUCCAAAGACAGGCCUGUACCAUAAUUUGUCUAAAUUGAAUCUACCAUUUGCUGAAGCAGUCUUUGAUAUUGAAUUCUUUGAAGAUAAUCCCAAACCUUUUUAUUUAUUAGCUAAGGAAUUAUAUCCAGGGAAUUUUAAACCUUCUAAAUUCCAUUAUUUAAUGCGACUGUUUCAAGACGAGGGCAGGUUGCAAAGGAUAUACACUCAAAAUAUUGAUACGUUGGAAAGAGAGGCUGGUACAAAGGAAGAAUAUGUAAUCGAAGCGCACGGAAGUUUUGCAUCAAAUCAUUGUAUUGAUUGUGAUAAGCAAUUCCCCAUGGAAUACUUCAAAACGAAGAUAGAAUCAUCACUUGAUAUAAAUAGUAAGAAAUUUGAAUUUGCAAAAUGUGAUAAAUGUGGUGGGUUAGUGAAGCCCAAUAUCGUCUUCUUUGGUGAAGAUUUACCAGUGAAAUUUUUUGAAACUUGGGAUAAUGACUUGAAAUGGAUGGGAAGUGCAAAGGGUAGUGAUACUUUAGUUAUCGUUGCAGGGACUUCCUUGGCAGUAUAUCCGUUUGCAUCAUUGCCGACAGAAAUUCCUAAAAAAGUUACACGAUCAUUAGUAAAUUUGGAAACUGUUGGUGAUUUUAAGACGAAUCCAAGGAAUUCAGAUCUUGUAUACUGUGGUGAUAUAGAUGAAGCUGCGACGAUAUUGGCCACAGAAUUAGGUUGGGAGAAUAAGCUUGAUAAAUUUAUAGAAGAAGGUGAAGAGGAAGGUGAACAUGUUGAAAUAGCAGAUGUUCUGGAUGAUUUAAAGAAUUUGAAGAUCAAAGCACCACUAAAAGAGCAGACCAAGAUACCUUCAAAGGAGAAAUUAGGAAAAGCUUCCCCGCUUGAGAAGGAUGAUAUAGAAUCGUUAGUCGACCUUACAAAAUCUUUACAAAUUGAAGAACAAAAGAAAGAAUAA